GGUAUCAUGGCGAUCGGUUAGUGCGUAUUGUUCGGAAAGUUUAGAAAAUUUACUGUGAUCUCGUACACGAUUUCAAUCGUGAAUUAAUUGCAUCGAAUUUCUCCUCGGAUGAUUGCACAUCGAUUUUUGCUUGUAUAAUAACGUCCUAACGCGAAUGAUAAAAUGGUGAAACUGACCGAAGAGAUGGUCGUGGCUCGCACGCGAAUGUCUGAUUUUUCCGCCAUAAAGAAACUCAAUUGCUGGGGAACAGAAUUAACAGAUGUCAGUAUCUUAAGAAAAUUGAAAAAUGUGGAAGUGUUAUCAUUGAGCGUAAAUAACAUUAAUACACUUGCUGAUUUUCAAUAUUGCCACAAGCUUCAAGAUUUAUUUAUAAGACGAAAUAACAUCAAAGAUUUAAAUGAAAUUUGCUAUCUUCAAAGAUUACCUCAUUUACGAAAUUUGUGGUUUGAUGAAAAUCCAUGUGUAAAAACGAAAGGAUAUCGGUUAUCUGUACUUCGAGCUUUGCCAAAUCUUGAGAGAUUAGAUGAUAAAAUAGUAUUACCUGAAGAACUGCAUACUGCAAAGACAAUAGGUCGACCUUUAAUACAUCCUCUUGGUGCUUCUCCACAAUCUGAUGUAUUAAGUCCAGAGGAUAUUACAAAUGAAUACAUUGAAGAUAAUGAAUUGGAACAAUCUUCUAAUGGUCCAGUUCCAAUGAUACCAAGAAUGUACAGUUCUUCUAGUGAAUGCCAAUAUCAGAAAAUCUUUGAUGAACCGCUACCUACGCAUAAAGAAUACGAUCCUGAUAGAAGAAACGCAAAUUAUAAUGCGUCAUCGUCACAUCAUUACUCACAAAAUAAUCAAUAUGCAUAUGAGCUACAAAAUGAUGGACAAUCAAAAAGUCAGAGCAAAGAUGACACUUUGUGUGCAGAGUCACGAAACAACAGUGAGACUGUGACUACUAACACUCUUGAAAAAUCCAAGGAUUAUGAUGAACGUCCAGUAGUACAUCGACAUAACGAAGAUUACGAUGAGAGACAAGCAGACUCUGAAUAUAGCGGAAAUGAAGUAUCUCAAUGUAUGUAUACACCAACGCCAAUGCAACGUACGCAAUACUUUGUCAAUAAAUUUGCAGAUGACAAACGUAAUGACAAAAAUAACUAUAAUUACGAUAAAAAAUCAAGGUUAGAAGAUGAAGAUUUGCCUCAAACUCCUCCAACACCUCAAACAAGAAGGAUGAUGAUAGCUCAUCAUAAUGAAAAGGAAGAUACAAAUCAAAUACCAGGUUGGAUAAGACAUCCUGAAAAAGAUAAAUGCAGACAUCAAUUUCACUAUCACAGGCGGCCAGUAACAAGAAAUUCAAAUAUAUUGUCUGCUGUAUUAUGCUUGGUUAAAGAGUUGGAUUAUCCAAGUCUGGAAGUGGUAGAAAUGGCUGUUAGAAAUCGAAUGGAUGAAUUAGAAGAAUGAUGUUUCUGACACCGUCC